AUGACCGACGUCCUAGAAACUGUGUUGCGUCGAGCGUGGCCCGAGGCUCAAAAUCAACGAAUCGUUGGUGGUCAAGAUGCUGAACCCCAUAGUCACCCGUGGCAAGCGUCUCUUAGACGUCGAGAUGGCAAUAGCUGGUCACAUAUUUGUGGUGCUGUUAUGAUUAACAGCAACUGGGCUCUAACCGCAGCACAUUAUGGAGGACCAUUACCUAAUGCUCUUCAGGUAACCUCUACUAACGUUAUCACCAAUUCCGCAUGUCAAAGUGCUCUUGGUUUCACUGGAUUCCUGGGAGUUCGAAAUACCAAUAUCUGUGUUGAUGGUUCUGGUAGCAGCUCCGCUUGUAACGGUGACAGUGGUGGACCAGCUGUUUGUAAUGUUAAUGGUCAGUAA